UGCAGAAGGGAUCCCUUGUUCGAUUCGAUCGCGGCCGCUGCAGCUGCGGCGCGGCCAGGUGCCGAUCGAGGCGAUGGCCAGGUCAAAACCAAGGCGACCGUAGGGCGGCGCGGCAAUAUAAGCGGCAGCCGCGACGCCACACGCGCGAGGCACGAGCCAACCACCCCUCCGGUUUGUUUGUUGCGCGCGCUGCAGCGUCGAGGCCCGAGGCGUGCGCAAGCCAUGGCCAUGGAGGAAGGAUCAAGAGGAGGAGGAGAGGAAGAAACUGUUGCCGUGGGCACGGUGGCUGAUGCUGCUGCCGCUGCGGACGCCGUUGUCGUCCUGGGGCCAAACGACGACGACGGGAAGGAGGCGGUCGAGGGGAGAAGGCCGGCGCCGGCAGCCACUGCCGCCUACGCGGCCGUCGUGAUCGGGGGCACCUUUGACCGGCUGCACCAGGGCCACCAUCUCUUCUUGAAGGCGGCGGCGGAGCUGGCGAGGGAGAGGAUCGUGAUCGGCGUCUGCGACGGCCCGAUGCUCGCCAAGAAACAGUAUGCCUACCUGAUACAGCCAAUCGAGAAGCGGAUGGAAAAUGUCAAGGAUUAUAUUAAGUCUAUCAAGCCUGAUCUUGAGGUUCACGUAGAGCCAAUAGUGGACCCUUACGGCCCCUCCAUUGUUGACGAAGGUCUUGAGGCCAUCAUUGUCAGCAAGGAGACAUUGCCGGGAGGCCUCGCUGUCAACAGGAAGAGGGCAGAGAGAGGCCUCACACAACUGCAGAUUGAAGUAGUAGAACUGGUGCCAGAGGAAGCUACGGGGAACAAGAUCAGCUCAACAGCUUUCAGAAAGUUGGAAGCUGAGAGAGAAUUACAGCACCCAAGAGACACAGCAGCAAACAGCAGCCCAACUGGAGUGCAGAACGUAGCCGUUCAGUUAUUUUAGUAUUUUCAAGUUCACUGAGCAGAAUAACGCACUACACCAAUUGUGAAUUGUAUUUUUCACUUUUUUAUGAAGAGCUGAGCUACACUCAUCCAGGUAUAGCAGAAUGCCCACCUAGUAAAGGACUGUAACGAGCAAAUUUAGGCAAAAACAACAAAACUUAUGAUGAAAGAAGCACAAGACAAGGAUGACAAAA